UGAUCAUGACAAAGUGUCAAGUUUGAAUAUAUCCCGAAUUCAUAAAAGAGAAUUCCCACUUAUAAAUGUAUUGCAAUCAGUAUCCCUCUCAUCCCCUGUUCCAAGGAGAAGACAGGAGCGGAGAUGAGUACAGCAGAGAAGGUGGUGUGUGUAACUGGAGCGGCCGGUUACAUAGCCUCCUGGCUUGUCAAAGUGUUGCUUCAGCGUGGCUACACGGUCAAAGCAACUGUACGCAAUCCCAGUGAUCCAAAGAAGACACAGCACCUUCUGGAACUUGGAGGGGCUAAGGAGAGACUACAUAUCUUCAAAGGAGAAUUGCAGGAAGAAGGGUCUUUUGACUCAAUAGUUGAUGGGUGCGAGGCUGUCUUUCAUACAGCAUCACCGGUUUUUUUCUCAGCUUCCAACCCUGAGGCUGAAAUAGUCAAUCCUGCAGUUGAAGGUACCCUGAAUGUUCUCAGAUCAUGUGCAAAGGUCCCUUCUAUCAAGAGAGUGGUUUUGACAUCCUCCAUGGCUGCGGUUGUGUGCAAUGGGAAGCCUUUGACCUCUGAUGUGGUAGUUGAUGAGACAUGGUUCUCCAAUCCAGCAUUCUGUAAGGAAUCAAAGCUUUGGUAUGUGCUAUCUAAAACCUUAGCAGAGAAGGCAGCUUGGGAUUUUGCAAGAGAGAAUAGGAUGGACCUGGUCGUGAUAAACCCUGGACAUGUGAUUGGCCCUCUCUUGCAGUCUACCAUCAAUCUCUCUAUGGAGAUGAUACUGAACCUCGUCAAUGGAGCUCAAACAUUUCCCAACAUCUCUUACAAAUUUGUUGAUGUCAGAGAUGUGGCCCAUGCACAUAUUCUAGCUCUUGAAAAUCCUUCAGCUAGCCGCAGAUAUUGUAUGGCGGGAGAAGCAAUACAUUGUCAAGGCGUUUUGAAGAUCCUGCACAACUUUUAUCCUACACUGCACCUCCCUGAAAAAUGUGAAAAUGACAAACCAUACGAGUCGGCUCCUCGGGUGUCAAGGGAGCAGAUUGAAGGUCUGGGUGUGAAGUUCAUUCCUUUGGAGGUCAGUCUAAGAGACACUGUGGAAAGCCUCAAGGAGAAAGGCUUCCUCUCUGUUUGAGUUUCCUGACAAGUGACAAGGAAAACCCUAUACUUCAAAGGCAUAUAUAUGGUUUCCACGAACUUAUAGUCAUAAAAAGUUUCUGCAUAAAUUUAAUGCUUCCCUUUUAUUAGACUCCAUUGGAGCAUGCAUAAUGUCUUAGAGUCACUUGCUCAGUGUAAAUUUAAACUUGAAAGCUGAUUAUGAACGUUGUUUAUUGGAGUA